AGUCGACAGAACACCGGAUCGUUCGCGAACGUUAUAUCACUAUUUCAGAGAUAAAGAAGGCCGACUGCACGCGCGACAUGUGGAAUUACAGAUCUUCGUGUUUCUCCAGGUAAAGUGGAGUUCCGCAGCGCAGCGAAUGCAGUACUGUAGAUUUACAGUAUUGUAUAGAGGGCUGUUUAGGAGGUGUUUGUGUUAAAGUGCUGGAUGUUAUGUAACAGCUGCCACUAAGUACGUCAGCAACUUACGUAGUCUGGGGUGCGUUUCCCAAAAGGGUAGUUUACAUAGUACCUUACAUAGUCUGGGGUACGUUUCCCAAAAGCUUAGUUGCUAACUACGUUAGCAACUUACAUAGUCUGGACGAUGCAGCUGCGACGCAGGUGUUUCCCAAAAGCGUUGUUGGAACUAUGGAGGUAACCACGUUAGUAACUUGCAUAGUGAGAACCUUAGUUAAGCUACUCAGGUGUUUCCCAAAACCGUAGUUCCAGCGAAUGUUCGCAACUACCGUGAUUCACCUGCGUCGUUCCAACUACAGCUCUAGACCUGUCGUUAGGAGCUUAGUUCCUGGUGAUUAGUGCAGACGAUGGACGGAUUCAGAAAGUUGAUGAAUCACAUUAAUAUUGCUGCACGAGGAUUUAAGAUGUCAAGGGUUUUGAACAUGUAACUAAUUAUUUUAAAUGUAAUAAAAUAUAUAUUUUUCAGUGCUCUUUAGCUAAAAUGUGUUUUACAGUCUUGGAAAGAUGUAUGUCAAUUAUUCAAGCAAGCAUCUCUUGAUUAAAGAGAACUUGAGCUGUCAACAUUUAUGAAUUAGUGUAUUUUUUUAAAGCACUGUGCUAUAUGCACUCUCUGAAAAAGGGUACCAAACUGUCACUGGGGUGAUACUCUAAAAUGGCUUUAACGUAAACACCUGUACCUUAAGGACCUUUGAGGGUAUAUUUGCUUUGUUUGUACCCAGUGAAACAAAUGUAUCCAUAGAAUAGGCAAGAAUGUGUCUUUUAAUAAUAUAUUCAUAACAAGAACAAACAAAGUAAAAUGUGUCUUAAAACAAGAGUGAAAAUUAUAGAGACAUGUAAUAAGCAGGUGUUUUGAAUUACCGAAUUACUCCUCUGGAGGUAACAGGACCAGGCAGAGUGUGAAUAAAGAAAAUGUAUAAUUUACCCAUUACAACAUGUGUGCCUCUAGGCCUAUACAAAUGUUAUCAAUUAGUCUUUGUUAAAUAAUAAAUAUCACACACAAUAAGUAGAACCAUGUCGGCAACCAUAAUAGAUAUUUUUAAAAUUAGAAUAUUAAUUGCCAUUAUGAAAAAACAUUAAGAGAAUAAAAUCACGACUGGGAUUAGAAUUAGGCUUCCAUCAGGUGUUCUGUCGAGUUUUGCUACCCUGUCAAACCGUGCCACCCUAGUGUAUAUUUAAACGUAAAAAUGUCAGAAAAAGCCCCAUAUUUAAAGAUGCUUUCGGUAGGAGAUUUGGAAAUCGUGAAUCAAUAUAUCAAGAGACAGUUUAAAGUAAUUAGGAGUGAUAAUAACCCAUUUUUUAUAUUUCUCACGUAUUAUUACUUUUAUUAACCAACUUUCAUUUACGCAUUUGUAAUACUCAGACAAAUAAUGGCAAGGGGUUUCCGGUUGUUUAAUGCACCCAAGAAGAACAGAAUUACUGUAAGGACCUUCACAAUCACGUUUUACAUUACCACAAAAUAAAUAAAUAAAUAAAAAAUAAUAGGACUCAUUCAGAAUGGAGAUAUAUAUUUUUAUAUUUAUUUUUAAAAUAUUGUAAUAGCAAAUAUGUGUGAUUUUUGAAAGUAACACUGUCAAUUAAUAAUUAAUUCAUAGCAAUUAUUGUGUAGAUUUUGCUUACAUUUUAUUGUUCUUCUAUUAGUAGUACUGUUGUCAAUUCAUGUUGUGGUGAUGAUUAUGAUAUAAAUAGCCUAAAUGAUACAUUAGUAACAUAUUUUUGGCAUAAUAUUUUAAAGAUUGUGAGUUUCCUGCUGGGAAAGUCUGGCCGAACACGUCCGGAAACACCUUAGUUAAGACCACGGUGGUUCAAACAACAUAGUUCAGACUUCUGUGGGACCAACAAAGUACGAUGGUUUGGGGAAACGGUCGUACUUCAGAUGUUAGUAAGUUAAUGAUGCAUCCUACCAUGUUAGUUCAAUGCUAGGCUCCGUUGUUGUACGGGAAACGCACCCCUGAUCUGUACUACGAAUGCAUAGGAAAAGUAAACAGUGUUAAACAGCCUUAAUUAGACAAAGAAAAAGUGGAAUUUGAGGGUUUUUUUAGGCAGAAAAGGCAGAACACUAGAGGCUACUGUUUAUCUCUUUAUCAGAAUUAUAUCAAUCGACCAAAUUUUAAAACAUAUUAUGAACUGAUUAUAACCUUACUGGAUACCUUAAAGGAUACUGGAGCAUUAUUGAUUAUGAUCUGGCUCUCAGUGUUAAAAAAAGGUAGGGUGUGUUUCUUUGUAUCUGUCUGUCUGUCUGUAGGUCAGUGGUGAGGUCCUGCAGAUCUCUUCUCUGUGUUCUGCUUUUACAGAUCAUCACACCUGGAUCUGAAUCACAGUUCACUACAGUGAAGGUGAAGCUCUAUGAGUCUGCUGUUCUGCCCUGCUCUGAGAGAUGUUCUGGACUGGCCAGCUGGACCGUCUCACACCUACGCUUUGAUAUUUUGGCAGAGUGUAAUCAGACUGGCUGCAGAUCAGUGAAGGAGGGAUAUCACAUGAUCCAUGAUGAAUACCUGAAGGGGAAUCUCUCUCUGAUCAUCAGUAAAGCUGAUUACAGUAAGAGGGACUGGUACACCUGUGAGUGUAAUCGUAGAGACUUCUGUGAUGUUCGUCUCCAGAUAGAGGCUGUAACCUCUAAUGUUGAGAUAGAGCCUGGAGAAUCUCUACUGCUGCAGCUGAAGAUAUCAGAUCCAGUGCAGGUGAUCUAUAACAGAACAGGAUCAGCUGCUGGAUCCAGGGAUCAGAUAUGUACAGUGGAUGGAGAAUCACUGCAGAGUGAACCUGAAUAUAAACACAGAACAUCUCUGUCAUCUGUUCUGGAGCUGAGAGAUAUGAAUGUGUCUGAUAGUGGAGUUUACACCGUCAGGGACAUCCGGAAUAAAGAGGAUAUUCUCAUCUACACCGUCACUGUUACAGAUGAGCAGCAUAGCCGGAUCUGUAAGGAGAGAUAUAAGGACGGGUACGCUGCUGGGCGUGAGGACGGGUACGGUGCUGGAUAUCAGAAGGGACUGGGGGUCGGAGGAGGGAUUUUUGUGAUUAUAGGGCUGGCUAUUGGAGUCAUUCUGGGAGUGUUUGUUGUGCCACGAGUUCUCCAUCUGAUCAGAACUAGAGAACAGACUGAACAACCGGUGGACAUGGGAGCAGCUGAUGCCCUCAAUCAAGACAAUCCCACCUAGAGCCCUGAAGAAUCAUCAGCUCCUGCGGGUUUAUCUUCACUGAAAGCUGCUGGUGCACAUGAUCGUUAAUUCAGCAGCAGAUUUAACGGGAAAUGCAGGUCCUGUGCCUUCUAAAUGAUUCUCACUCAUACCUCUCUAACCUGCUCACAUCUACUGCAUUCUGUUUCACACCACAGAUCCGACCGUCUGUUCUACUGAACCACGAGCUUUUAUUCCCAUUCAGUUACAGCGUUAAUACAGGAUUGAGGAACAGCAGAGACUGGCUCGUUUCACACAUGCACUCAGAUCCAGACUUUAUACAGAAUUGUGCUUUUACACAUACAGCAUACUGAUAGAUAUAUUCCGUGAUGCACAGAAUUUACAACUUAAAAAAUAUAGCAUAGCAAAAAAAAUCUGGAUAAUAAAUCCUGCAAAUAUUCUGGAUUUCAUUGCAAGUGUAAACUGGGCAAAAGAGAGAGAGAGACAGAGAGAAAAGACGGGGUACAUCCAUUUGCAGUUACCUUCUCCAGAGCUGUAGGUGGCGCAUGAUUAAAAAUCUCUUGUCCUGGAGCUGCAGGCCUGGCGCUGUGGUGAUGUAUGGUGCUGCGAUGCUGCAAAUAGAUGAUAUUGGAAAAAAAAAAGAUAUAGAAGCAGAAGCAGAACAUUCUUCUACCCUCCUAACAGGCUGCAUUCUCAUACAGCAUUAUAAUCUGAUAAUUAUUAUAUUAUCUGAGUAAUAGCUCAAACACACUAGAAAACCUUCAUGAUCUGAAUAAAGCUAUCGUCUGAUUGGAGAAGGAGAGAAAUUAGUAAUAUAAUAUGCUAAAUAUGUUCACAUGCAAACAUCCGACAUGUUAAACGUCUGUAUUCAAUCAGAAACUGCGACAAUGUUACAUCUCUACACACAUUUAAAUCAAGUAGAUCAAGAAAUUAUUUAUUAAGCUUUAUCUGGACGGGAUUAGUUUCUCAGGGGGUUCUGGGUAAUUUUCUCUUUUAUGUUUUUCUUUUUUAUCCUCUGUGAUUUUAUUCCCAUCCAGAACGAUCAUGUAGGUGUUUUAUUUCUCAGACGUCCUCUGAGAAAAUUACAGGCUGAAUUAUCUACUGUUUUUCUCUGACUUUCAUCUCUGAGUUUCAUCUCCUCGCCUUUAAUAAAAUAGUUAUUUGUCCACUGCUGCACACCGUAAUUACACUUUGGGCGAGCCACGGUUUCCACAGAGAUUCAAGUAAAAACACAACAGUGAGUGGAAAUGGAGGAGCUACUGAACGCUCUGAUGUCAUGUGACUCACUGAUCCUCCUGUUUUUUAAAUUGCAGUCCGGAUACAGGAGUUUUAUCUCUGAGUAGAAGUGUUAAAUAUUUUACACAGACGCCCCCCUGAGAAACUAAACCCGUCCAGAUAGAGCUUUAGAGAAACAGACCUUAAUUCUCUGAACUCUCAGGUUUCCUAGACUGGGAUUAAGUCUAAUCUCAGACUACACAGCAUUCUGUAUUCUGAUUUCUUAUUUAAAGAUACAUAUAGUUCAUCACUAAGCCUAAUUUCUUUCAAGUGCAUGUUUGGUUCAAGAUUCUCCAAGG